AUGGCAACGUUGCCGUCUUUACGGCGGCAGAAUCUUCUUGCAGAGUUUGCCGGACUCAAGCAGUCAUGCCCCCAGGGUGUGUUCGUCAGUUUGACGCCAGGUGAUCCUUCCCUGUGGUCAGGCGUCAUAUUUGUGCGCAAAGGACCCUAUGCCACUGCCAUCCUCCGCUUCUACAUCUCCUUCCCGGAUACAUAUCCUGCACUACCGCCGCUCGUGACCUUUUCGACAGACAUGUUCCACCCUUUGAUCACACCCCUCACGACCUACAUGUACACGACCGACAUCCAAGAGGGCGGCACUGUGAGUGCAACAGACGAGGAGCGUCUUCCGCCCGGCGGAUUCAGCCUGCGCCACGGGUUCCCAGACUGGUUCGGCCGCGGCAGCAGGGGCCGGCCAGCACCGGGACAAUAUCCUCCACAAACCCCUAGGUCCUCAAGGGCUCUUGCUGGCGGUGGUGACAGCAACUCGAGCACGCCCAAUUCCAAGAUUGCCGCGACGCCGCCGAGCGCAGGCGGGGGCGCUGGAGGCAAUGCUGGGACUGGCGGCAGCACCGGCAGCAAGCAGUCGUUCAUGGAUGUGCACAAGCGGGACAUUUCAACCUCGGAAGUCUUGAGCUAUAUCCGCAGCACCUUUGACGAUGAGGCAGUGCUGGACUCGGUUCCGCUCGAAGCAGCCGGAAACCCUGGUGCUUGGCAUGCUUGGGGCGCAUACCGCGGCCACACCACCGCCCCGGAAGGCGAUCCGGCGGUCAGGAAGCCGGGCGAGUGGAACUGGGAGGGUGUGUGGGAGGAGAGGGUGCAAAGGAACAUUCAGGCCUCGUUGUCGGAGCCUGUGCUGUACGGAGACGUCGGCGGUGAUGACACUAUUCGAUUCCUCAGCAUGGAAGAAACCGAAGUCGAGACGGUGAAGGAUAACCUCUACAAAACCUUGGGCGAAUCAGCCAGGGCUGACCCCCUAGCUGUUCCUUCCGUCAAUCUUUGA